CGGCAAUGGCUCCACCCACGCGUUUCCCUAGUUUGUUACUGUUUGCUGUUUUGUGGGGAUAAGGAUGCAGGACGAGCCACGUUAUUUGAAGAGACGCGUCAUACCCGGCUCUAUUGACGUUCAUCCAACAGAGAGCGCUCUGGUCGUCCACUAUCAAGUUGAAGCCACACUGCUUGGUGAUUACGGCGACCCAAUGCUGGGCGAACAAAAAGAAUGUCAAAAAGUGAUUCGUGUUCGUGGUCUAGGGGCUGGAUCUGAUGUUGGAACUUUGGCUCAGGAGAUUGUUGCUAAGUGUAGCAACUUGGUUCAUCCUGCAAAGCUGCCUGAAGUCGAACAGUUGCUCUACUAUUUGCAGAAUAGGCGGGGAAACACAAAGGCGACUCCUGCUAAACGGCAGCCGAUGAAGGUCACAGAUCCUUUUGAAGAGAAUGAGAUCAGUGAACGAGCUACGAUUGAUGAUAUUGAGGAGUAUUGUGAGUUGCUGUACGAGAAGGCGGAAGACAAAGUGCGAGGCACAGCCCUUAUACUACAACUUUCACGAAACCCAGACAAUUUGGAAGAACUGGCUCAAAAUGACGUUUUACUGGGUGCUUUGGCUCGUGUGUUGAGAGAGGACUGGAUGCACAACAUCGAACUGGCAACCAACAUUGCUUAUAUAUUUUUCUGCUUUAGUAGCUUCUCAGAUUUCCAUGGAAUUCUUCAACAGCACAAAGUUGGAGCAACUUGUAUGACCAUUGCUGAUUCUGAAAUAAAGAAGUGUGAGAAAAUGAAAGCAGACGUUGCUAAACGGAAGAAGAUUGCAGAAGAGAAAGGAAGUGCUGACUUGAAGAAAGAUUAUGAAAAGAGGAGGAAGCAGCUUGCAAUGAUAAUGAAAAAACAGGACCAGUUCUUUAGAGUUGCAUUUUAUAUGUUACUGAAUGUUGCUGAGGACACACGAGUCGAGAAGAAGAUGGUUAACAAACAGAUUGUUUUGAUGCUCGUCUCUCUUCUUGAUCGUGACAACAUUGAACUUCUCAUCUUAGUUGUUAGUUUUCUGAAGAAGCUGAGCAUUUUUGUGGAGAAUAAAGAUGUGAUGGCAAAGCUUGGUGUUGUUGAGAAGGUUGCACGUAUCGUUCCUUGUGAACAUGAUGUACUUCUCCAUGUAGCUGUAAGACUGCUUCUCAACCUUUCAUUUGAUCCUCGAUUAUGUGAGGCAAUGGUGAAAGCAGGACUUCUUCCAAAACUUGUUUCACUUCUGAGAAAUGAGCAAGUGCUUGUGUUUGUUCUCUGUCUUCUCUAUCACAUUAGUAUGGAUGAUCGAUGUAAAUCAAUGUUCUCCUACACAGACUGUAUACCACUGGUGAUGAAGUUGAUACUGGAGUGUCCAGAAGAAAAAGUAGAGCUUGAAAUUAUUGCACUGGGGAUUAAUUUGGCCGCCAAUAAGCGUAAUGCAGAGUUGAUGUUUGAAAAUGGAGGUCAGAGGUUGCUGAUGAGGCGAGCGUUGAAGACUAAAGACUCUCUUUUGCUCAAGAUGCUGAGAGUUGUUUCUCAGCAUGAAGGAGCAACAAAGAGCAUGUUUGUGCCUUACGUUUCUGAUUUUGCUGGUAUUAUCAGCUCAGGUGCUGACGAAGAACUUGUUGUCGAGUCUGUUGGCAUUCUUGGUAAUCUCAAUCUGCCAGAACUUGACUUCGAAGGGCUUAUAACAGAGUUUGACCUCGUUCCCUUCAUUAACAAGAAGUUAACUCCAGGCGCUGCCGAGGACGAUCUAGUUCUGGAGGUCAUUAUAUUGGUGGGGACUCUAGCGCGUGACGAGAGUUGUGCUGCAUUACUGGCCAAGUCCGGAAUCAUUCAGAAUCUUAUUACACUGUUGAACAGUAAACAAGAAGAUGAUGAAGUUGUUCUGCAAAUUGUAUAUGUUUUCUACCAGAUGGUAUUUCACAAAGAAACACGAGAUGUCAUUGUGGAGAGCACGCAGGCUCCGGCUUACCUCAUUGAUCUAAUGCACGAUAAGAAUACUGAAGUGAGGAGAGUUUGUGAUGCAACGCUUGACAUUGUAUCGGAAUGCGAUAUACAAUGGGCAACGAAAAUCCAAGCUGAGAAAUUCCGAUGGCACAACUCCCAGUGGCUAGAGAUGGUCGCUCAGCAUCAGAUGGAAGACCAGGCGUAUGAAGAAGCGGACCAGGAUGGCUUCAUGUCACCGCACGAUAUGCUGUUACACAUGCCGGACGACUAUCUGGAUUCCUAUCCGGACUUCUAUAAUCACGACGAGGCUUACCCAACACAAACCUACGGGAUAGCUGGCAUAUCAAAUGGCUAUCAUGCUGGCUUUGAGUAUGGGCUGGGCGAGAUGAGACGCGACGAAUUCGAGUUGGACGAACGAAUGGCCGCCGAAGAGCGAGAAUUCCUCGAACAGGAGUAUGGACGAAUGAUGGGACGCGGAAUGUACGGUGGUUACGGUCCCGCACCGCCGACUAGCCCCUACAGGUCGUAGACGAUUGUGCUUGCUAACCGGAUUGGCUUAGUCUGAACGUGACGUCACCGGGAUUGCCAUCAUCAUCUGGAGACCACUGACUACGCAUCAACAAACGCGAAUUGACAUAGCGGGAUAGGUUGUUGCCUCUUGAUACAGCGUCACAAAUACAGUAGGCAGAGGUAACUAC